AGGGCGCCGGGCCGGAAGGCAGCUGGCGGCAGGCCCGGGCGAGCGGGCGCCCGCGUUCAUGUUCCGCCAGGAGCAGCCGCUGGCCGAGGGCAGCUUCGCGCCCAUGGGCUCCCUGCAGCCGGACGCGGGCAACGCGAGCUGGAACGGGACCGAGGCGCCGGGCGGCGGCGCGCGGGCCACCCCGUACUCCCUGCAGGUGACGCUGACUCUGGUGUGCCUGGCCGGCCUGCUCAUGCUGCUCACGGUGUUCGGCAACGUGCUGGUCAUCAUCGCCGUGUUCACGAGCCGCGCGCUCAAGGCGCCCCAGAACCUCUUCCUGGUGUCUCUGGCCUCGGCCGACAUCCUGGUGGCCACGCUCGUCAUCCCGUUCUCUCUGGCCAACGAGGUCAUGGGCUACUGGUAUUUCGGCAAGGCGUGGUGCGAGAUCUACCUGGCGCUCGACGUGCUCUUCUGCACCUCGUCCAUCGUGCACCUGUGCGCCAUCAGCCUGGACCGCUACUGGUCCAUCACGCAGGCCAUCGAGUACAACCUGAAGCGCACGCCGCGCCGCAUCAAGGCCAUCAUCGUCACCGUGUGGGUCAUCUCGGCCGUCAUCUCCUUCCCGCCGCUCAUCUCCAUCGAGAAGAAGGGCGGCGGCGGCGGCGCGCAGCCGGCCGAGCCGCGCUGCGAGAUCAACGACCAGAAGUGGUACGUGAUCUCGUCGUGCAUCGGCUCCUUCUUCGCGCCCUGCCUCAUCAUGAUCCUGGUCUACGUGCGCAUCUACCAGAUCGCCAAGCGCCGCACCCGCGUGCCGCCCAGCCGCCGGGGCCCGGACGCGGCCGCCCAGCCGCCGGGGGGCGCCGAGCGCAGGCCCAACGGCCUGGGCCCCGAGCGCCGCGCCGCGGGCCCCGGGGGCGCCGAGGCCGAGCCGCCGCGCCCGCAGCUCAACGGCGCCCCCGGGGAGCCCGCGCCCGCCGGGCCCCGCGACGCCGACGCCGACGCGCUGGACCUGGAGGAGAGCUCGUCGUCCGAGCACGCCGAGCGGCCCCCGGGGCCCCGCGGGUCGGAGCGCGGCCCCCGGGCCAAGGGCAAGGCGCGCGCGAGCCAGGUGAAGCCCGGGGACAGCCCGCCGCGGCGCGGGCGGGGGGCGGCGGGGCCGGGGGGCGCGGGCGGGGGCGCGGGGCCCGGGGCGGCGGCGGCGGCGGCGGCGGCGGCGGCGGGGCCCGGGGCGGAGCGCGGCGGCGCGGCCAAGGCGUCGCGCUGGCGCGGGCGGCAGAACCGCGAGAAGCGCUUCACGUUCGUGCUGGCCGUGGUCAUCGGCGUGUUCGUGGUGUGCUGGUUCCCCUUCUUCUUCACUUACACGCUCACGGCCGUGGGCUGCUCCGUGCCGCGCACGCUCUUCAAGUUCUUCUUCUGGUUCGGCUACUGCAACAGCUCGCUGAACCCGGUCAUCUACACCAUCUUCAACCACGACUUCCGCCGGGCCUUCAAGAAGAUCCUCUGCCGGGGGGACAGGAAGCGGAUCGUGUGAGCGCCGCGGCCCGCGGGGGAUCCAGGACGCACGGCCCGUCUAUGCAGCCCCGGCGUACCCAGAAACCCGGGUCCCGCCGCCCGCCUCCCCGGGUCCUGGCCCAGACCUGCGCCGCGGCCCGCCGUGGGCCUCUGCUCUCGCCCGGACCACGCAGCGGGAAGAGCUGGCCGGGAGGGCCCUUGGUGACUUGGAGCGGUCUUCCUGGGCUCUGGGGCCUCCUCUAAUCAGUGUUGUUUCCUAAAGGUAUUUUCACCUCCCCCCGGAGCCCCGCUGUCCAUGCAGAAGAGAGCAAGCAAGCCCUGGACCCCGGAGGGUCUGGCUCGCCAAGGAUUAAGGGAUGGGGGUCACCCAGCCCCUGCUGAUUGCUCUCCCCCUUCCCCUAACUCUGUUUUUAAACAAAUGCUCAGGGCAGCCCUGCCCAUCCUCCCCCACGGCCCACCCCCACUGUAAAUAGACACUAUUUUUGAUAGUACUCGCGAGGGUCCCCAACGUCUGGGCUUUUGAUGCUGUUGGAGAUGCCCUUGAGGCACACACGUUGUGUUGGGUUCAGGCCAAGCUCCUUUGCAAUGCAAGCCCUUUUCUCCUGUCAUUACCUCCUUCUGUGUCCUCUUCACCAGCAACUGGUGAUGGUCCCCUGGGCCUGGACCUGCUUGGAGAUUUCCUGAGGGGGAAAAGAUUUCUGUCGAUUUUUUCCUGUGCCUAACAGCAUAAUUGCCUUUUCCUAUGUAAAUAUUACAAGGAGGGAUCAAGAGAGAAGCAAAUGAACCUUUCUGCCUUGCAGCAGCCCUGUGUAUAAAGCCAUCAUCCUCUGAUACACCCUUGGCCCCAGUAACUCACUUUAAAAGUAUCUCUUUCCUGGGUCUCUCCCUCCCCCCCCCCCCCUUUCCCUCUCUCCAGGGCCACUGCUUGAAGAAUAUGUAUGUUUCUAUCUUGUAUGUUUGUGCACCUGCCCCUCCUUCCCUAAAAAUGCUGACUGCAAGAAAUCUUUUGGCUGCUGUUUUUAGAUGGAGGAGUGGAAAUUAUGUGGAAGAAGCAAACCUGAUGCAAUUUGCCCAAGGUAAACAGUUCGAAAAGACAAAUGAGCCUGCCAAACUGUACAGUUCCUGCCCCAGGAGCUCUUAGGUAUCAAAGUGUUGUCCUUCCCCCCCCUGCUGUUCUGGUUGAGGUCGUGUCAUUGAUGAACUCCCAAAACCGAGGGAGGAGGGCGGAGACUUCGUGUUUACAUCCGAGUUUCUACAUGUUUUAGACCGAGACUCUUUAAGGCCUGCGCUCUUAUUUCACUAAAGACAAACUAAUGUCAGCACAUGUUGCUAAUGACGGUGGAUUUUUUUUUUAAUAAAAAGUUUACAGAUCAAAUGUGAAAUAAAUAUGAAUUAAAUGGU